AGGGAUCGGCUCACAGCGUUGCGUAUUGGAAGCCAAUCAGAAGGGUGCUCUCAAGCGACUGGCCCGACCCCCGCUUCCCGCCUUUCCCUUAACCUCUGAGGCUGCGGCGAGCCGGCGCGGUCCUUGGACUGGGGUCAUCGGCUACUGAGCUGUGCUCGUAGUUCUCUCCACACAUUCCCGCUGCCAACCCAGGUCCGUGUAGGCGUCUGGUGGGACAUGGCAAACUCCGGCGGCGAGGACCGCCGAGGCCAGGAAGAGGAGAGUUUUCUCUACUUCGCCUAUGGCAGCAAUCUGCUGAUGGAGCGGAUUCACCUCCGAAACCCCUCCGCCGAGUUCUAUUGUGUGGCCCGUUUGCAGGAUUUUAAGCUUGACUUUGGCAAUUCCCAAGGCAAAACAAGUGAAACUUGGCAUGGAGGUAUAGCCACCAUUUUUGAAAGUCCUGGCGAUGAAGUAUGGGGAGUAGUGUGGAAAAUGAACAAAAGCAAUUUAAGUUCUCUGGAUGAGCAAGAAGGGGUUAAAAGUGGAACAUAUGUCCCAAUAGAAGUGAAUGUUUCUGCUCAAAAAGGAAAAGAAAUAACCUGUCGAAGUUAUCAGAUGACAAAUUAUGAGAGUGCCCCCCCAUCACCCCAGUAUAAAAAGAUCAUUUGCACGGGUGCAAAAGAGAAUGGUUUGCCACUGGAGUAUCAAAAGAAGUUAAAUGCAAUAGAACCAAAUGACUACAAAGGAAAGGUGUCAGAAGAAAUUGAAGAUAUUAUCAAAAGGGGGGAAAAAAAAGCUCAUUAGAAUCUCAUGGAAUAUAUCUGCAGAUAUUUUUUCUAUAUGCUAAUGUAUUUUUAACAUUGAGAACAGGGAUCUGGGAUAGCUCUCUGUUUAAAUAUAUUUUCAAAAGUGUUCUGAAGGGAUCUCUCACUUGGGUGAUUCUUUGUUUUCGAACUGAAAAGACCAGGUUAGGAGUUAGGUAAUUAAAAGGGGGCCGGGCAGCACUGGAAUACAUGACAAGUAGAUGUGAAUACUCCUUCUGUGAAUCCUGAAAAUGAUUUUAUUGAGUUGAUCUGAAGUGUAUUUUUGCUGUAUGACAAAGGAUGGAUUUGCAACUUCAUGAUGGUGCUAGUAAAUUGCUCUGGGACUUUAAAAUCAGCUUAAUAAGAGCAAGCAACCUGUAGAGACAGUUGAUCAUUUUCUUUUUAAUUUAAAAGGUGGCAUACUGUUCUUAGAGAAAUAAAUGUUUUUGUGCUUUAACUUGUAUACCCUA